AUGUGUCUGUCUUCCAUUCCCCUCUGUGGCUUCCUCCUCAUCUUAAACCUACAGCUGUUCUGCACAUCUCCCAUCAACCCCGGCCUCUCUGACGCUGACAUAGACUUCUUUAAGGAGCUCCUUAGCAGACUAGAGGAGUCAGUUUCCGAAGUGGAACAGAGUGUCACUGCAGAGAGGAACCUGGAGAGCCUGAGCACAGAGGAGGCGGUAGACAGACAACAGCUCCCCCCAACUCUGGAUGAGGUAGCAAUCAGGGAGUUUCUCUCAGCAAAGAACCUGAAGAGCAUCCGCAACGACUCGACCAGGAAGUCGUCCAGCUGCUUCGGCCGGCGGAUGGACCGGAUCGGCUCCAUGAGCUCUCUGGGCUGCAACACAGUCGGCAAAUACAAUCCAAAGUAA